GCUCCGGGCCACGCUACGCCCAUCCCGAGGCCAAGGGCGUAGCAUCCGUACUUCGCUGCACGGCUGCGGUCUGCACCAGCCAAGCGAAGGUGAUCCAGAGCCAAGAUGGCCGUCCUCUCCAAGGAAUAUGGUUUCGUGAUUCUGACUGGUGCUGCCAGCUUCAUCAUGGUAACUCAUCUAGCCAUCAACGUGUCCAAGGCCCGUAAGAAGUACAAAGUGGAGUAUCCUACCAUGUACAGCACGGACCCUGAAAAUGGGCACCUCUUCAACUGCAUUCAGCGAGCCCACCAGAACACGUUGGAAGUGUAUCCUCCCUUCUUAUUUUUUCUAGCAGUUGGAGGUGUUUACCACCCGCGUAUAGUUUCUGGCUUGGGCUGGGCCUGGAUUAUUGGACGAGUUCUUUAUGCUUACGGCUAUUACACAGGAGAACCCAGAAAGCGGGCUCGGGGAGCCCUGAGUUUCAUUGCCCUCAUUGGCCUGAUGGGCACCACUGUGUUCUGUGGCUUCCAGCAUCUUGGUUGGGUUAAUCCUGGCUUGGGCCAAGGGUCCAAAAGCUGCCAUUAAAAAAUGAUAGGAUAUUUAAAAACUCUCAUUCAUUUUGAGUGACUUACUUUUAUUUCCAGUUAUAUUUUUUUUCUAGAUAUAAUAAAAACUUAUCUGGCAUCAGC